AUGGACACUGAACAAAAAACAUUAGAUAAUUUCAUCAAGAACAGAAAACGGCUUAUCAACGAUCAUGGCUUAUGUAAAAAAAGACUGUUGAAUAAUACGGUCAGAAUUGACAAACUUGGUAUAAAAUUAUCAUCUGAUGGUUCUGUACUCCAAAGCAUUAAAAAGCAAAAGAAAUUAAGUUUGGAAAAGGAAAGUGGACAGUUUUUAUAUAAUGAWUUUUUUCUUAUUUUAUUAAAAAGAGUAAUGAUGGACCUUCAACCAAAAAUGACUAAAAUAUUACAAAAUAACGUUAAAUCUGUUAUGACUGUUUCACCAUUUAAACAGUAUCCUGCAUUGGCCGCAGAGUCUAAACCAUUACCUUUACCAUUGAAAUUUCGAAUUUUGAAUACAUUUUUUAAAGUUAUGGAAACCGUGUUAUCUGUGACAUUUUCAAGAAAAGAAAAAAUAACAUUUUAUAAACUCAAACAAAAUAUUCAGCAUAUAACUAGAAAGAAUUUUACUGAAUUACAUUUGGCUCAAAUUAAAACCAUUGUUCCUGACUUCUUCCAGUUUUCCUUAGUGAAAUCAACAACAGAUAAAUUUAGUAUUGAUUUAAUAAUAGCUCCAAUUUAUGGUUUAGCACACGAAAAUAACAUUGACGUAUUACAACUGAAAAUUCAGAGAAAAAAUAYAUUUUUUAAUGCGUUAAUAGACAUUAUGAAAGUUCACCAUGCAGAAUAUUUGAAUAAAUUAAAUCCUCCUAUCUUACUUGAUAAAGAUAAAAUUAUCAGAUGGCAUCCUGAGUUUGAUGUUGAAUCUGUGCCAAACAUUAAUCCAUCACCAUUGCCCAAGAUUGAAAUUGACAAAUCAAAAAUACCAACUGCAAAAGAUAUGUUGGACAAAAUGCAUGCAUUGUUUAUUUACAAUCAUUAUGAUGAAAAAAAAACUUUAAAGAGGCCACUUAUUGGUGUUCCUAAACUAAUUUUAAUUAAGAUCCAAUCCAAAAAAAUUGAAAAACAAAGUGGAUUAAUGAUGAAAUCAGUUAGUCAAUUAAAUAAAGAUAAAAUGAUGAUCAGAUUACCAGACAUUGCUCGGAAAAUGCGUACUUACUUUGUACAACUUCAAAGAAAUGUUAUGCCACUGGAAAAAGUUAUUGAUCAAUUAAAGCAAAGUUAUCCUGAAGCUAUGACAGAUUAUAAUUGGGAAGCUCACUUAAUUCUUCUUCAAGAACAAGUACCCCAUUGGGUUGUAUCAAAAAUAAUAGAUGGAACUAAGUACAUCCGAGUUGAU